AUGCUUUUCCAAACCAAAUUUCCCACUUCUCAUCUCCCCACUUCAAUUUUCCCCAGAACCCAUUUUCCCAGGCCUUCAUUUCCACCCUUUAAACCAUUCACCUUGCAAUCCUUUAAGCCAUUAAGAACAAACCCAUGUCACAGAUUUUCAAUCCAGCCUUUGAAAUGCUCAGUUUCUGUAGUUGCUGAGCCAACAAACUUGGAAUUCACCAGCAAUCCCAAGCCUUUUCCUGCUGAGGUUUCGAGGACAAUUAUGAAAUUGUCUUCUGUGGGCACUUUUUCUUCUUUGAGUCAAGAGGGUUGGCCUCUGGGAUUUGGCGUUCGCUUUGCAGUUGACCUAAAUGGGACUCCACUAUUGUGCUUGAAUGAGUCAAGUAGGAAACUUUUCGUGGAUAAGAAGUGCAGUCUUCAUGUUCAGCUAGAGCAAUGUGAAUUGCGGACGCUACAAUGCACGAUACAUGGGAACCUUGAUAAACCAGGAGAUGGAAUGGCUUUGAAGAGGCUUUCUUCGGCGUGGAAGAAACGGUUUGGAGAAGAAGUGGAUGAAAAUAACAUAUAUGUAAUUGCCGUUGAACGGGCACUUCAGAUGGCUGAUUUUGCUGAGGAUGUUAUGUGGGUUACAUCAUCUGAAUAUGCAUCAGCUAAUCCAGAUCCACUUCGAGACUUUGCAAAGAAGAUUAUCGAUGUAAUAAAUGAACACAAUAUGGAGGAUGUUCAUCGCAUUUGCAACAUUUAUGUGAAUUUGGAUUUCCAGGUGUUAGAUGCCAAGAUGGUUUGGGUCGACCGGCUAGGUUUUGAUAUGCGCCUCAGAUCUACACAAAAUGAUGUAUUUGAGGUCCGAAUUCCUUUCCCUAGAGAAGUGACGGAUGAGAAGGCAGCAAAAUCAGCGUUCAAUGGUAUGUCUCAACUUGCUUGGGAAGUGGAAAAGAAUGUCCAAGUUCCAGAAUUCACAAAGGUGUUAGCAGGAGUGUUGACUGUGACAAUGUUCGUAAUGCUUGGCCACAUGAUCAAGCGCGACCACUUCGAUUCUUUUCAACCAACCGUUCACGAGACAAGAAGGGCUUCAGAGCAUGGUCUUGUUAGUGUUACAAAAGGGGGUGAGAGGACUUGGAAGGAGGAUGGUUUAACCCUAAAACCAUGUUGGGAUAAGCCAGUGUUGGAAGAAGCAGGCGAAGUGCACGGUUAUGUUACCUUCUCAUUAACAAACGGCCCUGAAUAUCAUGUCUCUCAGAUUGCUGAUGCAGUGGUAGUAGCGAGACAUCUGCGGGCAACUCUAGUACUUCCUGAUAUCAGGGGAAGCAAACCUGGCGAUAAGAGGAACUUUGAAGAUAUCUAUGAUGUCCAGAAGUUCAUUACAAGUCUUGAUGGUGUGGUGAAAGUUGUUAAGACCCAGCCUUCUGAUGUAUCAUCACGUAAUCUUGCAGUCGUAAGAGUCCCCAAUAGGGUUACUGAAAAUCACAUAGCUGAAAACAUCGAACCGAUUUUCAGAACUAAGGGAAACCUGAGGCUAGUGACUUACUUCCCUUCAGUAAAUAUGAAAAAGAAAGGAGAAAAGGCUAGAACCGAUUCUACUGCAUGCUUGGCAAUGUUUAGUACUCUUGAGCCACAAACGGAAGUUCUCGAAGUUGUCAACUCCAUGAUUGAUCGCCUGAGAACCUUAAGUCGGAAAUCAAAUGGACAGUUUGUGGCGGUUGAUCUAAGAGUCGAUAUACUGGAGAAAAAGAGUUGUCAUAAAAAUGGUGGUGCCCUUGGAUCAAAAAGCUGCUACAAUCCGCAAGAGGUAGCUCUCUUUUUGAGCAAGAUUGGCUUUAAUAAAGACACGACAGUGUAUGUGACUCAAUCAAAGUGGGAUAGCAGCCUCGAUGCCCUAAAGGACUUCUUCCCGAAAACUUAUACCAAGGAGGCUAUAAUGCCCAUGGAUAAAAAGGAUAAAUUCCUCAAUUCUGGCACUUCAGAAUUUGAAAAGGUAAUCGAUUUCUAUAUUUCUUCUGAGAGUGACAUUUUUGUACCAGCAAUCUCUGGCCUUUUUUACGCCAAUGUCGCUGGAAAGAGAAUUGCUUCUGGCAGGAAUCAGAUACUUGUUCCAGCGAACAUUCCAGGUUCUUCUGCUACCUCUGCAGAUUUCAUUUCUCAUUAUGUGUCGAAAAAGAACCAUUUUGCCUAUACGUGUUUCUGCUACUUCAUGUUGGAAUGA